GCAGACGGCAGUUGGCGGGCGUCCGCAACUCGAGCCGAACGCCGAGUCCGGGGAAGCCCGUCUGGCCUUUUCGUCCGACGACGCCGACCUCGACAGCGAACACGGAGGGUUGAGGCCGGCCUAUCACCACCGCGAUUCCAACCUGGCGAUGCGGCCUCGGCAACCUCGGCAAAGACGUUCGUUCCCGGCCACUGUCGUUCGGUUGGCCGUCUGUGGGGGGCGUGGCAGCAGAGACUCGUGCAAUCAUUUACUGUGUAUUACCACUCGGCCCUAAUUGAGCCCCUCCGCUUUCGGGCCACCAGCGGGGGCUGCUCAGUGGGGUGGGUGUUGCCCCCAACGCGGGGGAAGAUGGUAGCACAGCCCUGUGGAGGCUCCGUGUUGGUGGCCUCGAUAACGGCUUGCUGCAUGGCUCGCUGCAUGGCUCACACCGGUGCCGGCCGCCUGACUUGCACCCCAUUUUCUGACCGCCGCUGCUUUCGAAAAGCCCAGCAUGACGACAACCACAACCAUCGACGGACCCGAGCCGCUCGUCCUCACCUCGCCGUUCACAAAGCCCCCUCCCUGACCGCUGCUUUCCCGGCGCAAUGGCGGGCCAACCCCCUGAGCUCGCCGCCGCACCCAUCGUGCACGACGAGACCUCGCCCCUGCUGGGCCAACCCCUGGCCGUCUCCCAAGCCGCACCGGCCAGCGAUGCGGCUACCGCCGAUCCCGAAGACGCGGCAGGAGCGGAGCCGGGUGCCGUCAGCGCCGCGGCGCCUUCUUCAGUCACGGUCCUCGGCAUCGUGCUCGUGCUGGUUGCGGGCGCCUUCAUGUCCAACGUCGACGGGUCGCUGGUGCUGGCCACCCACCCGACCAUCGCGUCUGAGUUUGACGCCCUGUCAUGGUCGAGCUGGCUGUUUGUCGCCUUCCAGCUGGCGGGCGCCGCCACGCAGUCCAUUGUAUGUUUGGUCGCGUCCAUUUUCGGACCGGGUGCCUCGGCUAAACAGGACACCAAACAGUACGGCAAACUGAGCGACAUGUAUGGUCGGAGGCCAGUUUUGGUUGCGGCGUACGCUUUGUUUGCCCUUGGAUGCGCCCUGAUCGGUGCCGGGGGUUCUAUGGCCCAGGUUGUCCUCGGGAGGGUUGUUUCCGGCUGUGGAGCCGCAGCCCUGAACGUCCUGGGCUUGCUCAUCAUCACAGAUAUCGUUCCUUUGCGCGAGGCAGCGAGCUGGCAGUCGGGCAUCAACCUCGCUGCCGUCAGCGGAAGGAGCCUCGGAGCGCCCCUCGGUGGUCUGCUGGCUGACUUGGUCGGUUGGCGCCUGUCAUUCAUGGGCCAAGUCCCCAUCUUCUGUGCCGCGAUCGUCUUUUGUCUGUCCAGGAUGCCCUCCAAUCUCCCCGGCCAGUCCCAUUCGGUCACCCAUGUGUCCAGUACAGAGCCUCGCUCGACCGAUCAGGCCGACGACCAUGCUCAGGAGUCGGGGCCGAUGUCGCCAAGCAAGCAUGCGAAGCCACCUGCACGGCAGCCGCAAGGACUCGCCCGGAUCGAUUUUCUUGGCGCCGCCCUCCUCGCGCUGACUGUCGUCUGCGUCCUCCUGCCCAUCGAGGUCAGCCGCGCCAGCGAUAUCCCGUGGACACGCAACCCAGCGGUCCUGGGCCUGGCCGCCGCCGCCUGCGUCUUCGGGGCCCUGUUCGUCGCGGUUGAGGAGCGGUGGGCGCUCGAGCCCAUCUUCCCCAUCGACCUGCUGCGGCACCGCGACGUCCUGCUGCUGUACCUGGUCGCAUGCACCCAGGCGGCCGCCCAGUUUGGGCUUACCUUUGCUGUCCCGCUGUACUUUCAGGUCACGCAGAGGUCGUCCAAUGCCGCCUCGGGCGCCUCUCUUGUCCCUGCGUUUAUUGGUAACGCCUGUGGUGCUAUUCUGGGCGGUCUGGUAAUCAAAAGGACCGGUCGGUACAAGCUCCUCUUGAUCGGCGCCACCGCCCUGUCCUCGUCAGCCUACUUCAUCAUCCUGCUGCGCUGGCACGGCCACACGCGCGCCUGGGAGGCCCUGGAGAUCCUUCCCGGUGGCAUGGGCACCGGCAUCGUGCAGACCGUGAUCUUUGUGGCCAUCGCGGCCACCAUCAACCCGUCGCACAAGGCCGCCGCCAUGUCGGGCCUCUUCCUCGUCAGCACCGUGGCCAGCACCCUCGGCCUCGCCGCGGUCAACGCCGUCACGCUGGGAGUCAUGAGGGCGAGGCUGGAUGCGCUGCUCGCGCUUGCUGGCUUCGACCUUGCCAUGCGCGAUGAGAUCAUCACGAAGGCCGCAGCCAGCAUCGAUUACCUGGACGUGGCCGACAAGGGGGUCGCGGACGCCGUGGUGCGAGCCUAUAUUGACGGCCUGUCCGCCAGCCACAUUGUUUCCUUGGUUUGCUCAUCCUUGGCAUUUAUUGGCAGCGUGUUUGUCGGAGAGCGACUCCUGCAUUGACCAGCCUUUGUUCAUGCCAUUGUUUGACCAGGGGCCAGGCUGUCGCAUGUGCUAUUAUUGUUGGAAAGGCUCUCGGAUGCCCGUCUCCAUGUGGUAGAUUGCGUUCGUUAUCCUCGUGCCUGCAACGUUUGUGAGGCCCCUUGUAUGCCUGACUGCCAAUGUGCUACUUUUCCCGAGUACCGCCGUUCGCCAGCAGAGUUUUCACAGGCCUGUAGUUUAUUUAUUUGUUUCUAAGGAGGGACUGGGGCGAGUGGAAAGAUAGGAAAUCCUACAUAGAAAACGUUUCCGCUUCUCCUG